UGCAUGCCAACUCUCUUUUUCAAGUCAAUCGGUCAACAGUGGUCCGCACAUCUCAUUUCAAAAGAAGAUCAUCUCCUCCCUUUCUCUUAUUAGGAUGGGAUUAAAGUGACCGUCCAUGACAACCGUCCAAGCGUACGUCUCCCACAGAAGUAGAAGCCGAGCAUUUGAAAUACCAAUGUGGUAACGAGUAUCCGCCGUAAUAUUAGCCGGCAGGGUAUCGGCUUCAGAGCAUAAUUUCACUCGUUCUGAGGGAUUCUCAGCGGCGUAAGAGGCUGAUUGUCCAACCCCUGCUCUUUUUCCCCAUGCUUCUUGCAGCUAGUCCAGGCAAAGAGGAACAGAAGAAGAAGAAGAAGCAGCACCCUUAUCCAAAAAAAAGAAGAAGAAUCAGAGAUGAAGGUACAGUGCGACGUCUGCGCCGCAGAGGCUGCGUCGGUCUUCUGUUGCGCCGACGAGGCCGCCCUCUGCGACGCCUGCGACCGCUGCAUCCACAGCGCCAACAAGCUCGCCGGCAAGCACCGCCGCCUCUCCCUCCUCCAUCCCUCGCCCUCCUCUUCUUCGAUUCAGUCCCCCCCGCUCUGCGAUAUCUGCCAGGAGAAGAGAGGAAUUCUCUUCUGCCGGGAGGACAGAGCCAUCCUCUGCAGGGACUGCGACGUCCCCAUCCACACCGCCAGUGAUCUUACCAUGAAUCACAGCAGGUUCCUCCUCACCGGCGUCCGGCUUUCAUCCGCCCCUCUCCCAUCUGCCCCACCGCCAGAGGCAGGGGUUGUGGAUGACAAGAACAAAGACAACGACAAGCACGUCAAGAUCAAGAACCACGGCAACAAGGGUCAUGAAAAUCUUGUAGUUGUAGCAGCAAAGGAGGAGGCCGCGUGCAGCAGUAGCACAACCACCACCGCCCCCGCCGCUGCUGCUGCGGCGGCGGCGGCGGCGGACGGUAGCAAUAGCAGCAGUAUCUCGGAGUAUUUGAUAAAAAUGCUGCCCGGAUGGCACGUGGAGGAUUUUCUAACCGACGAGGCCGCCGCCGCCGCCGAUGCCGAUGCUUUCUCUCAGGUAAACGAGGAACUGUCAAAAGGCAGCAGCGGGCUGGGUGGGGUGGGUGAGGGACCGCCCAUAUGGGUUCCUCAGGCGAAGUAUCCGGUUGAGGAAUGCCAGGCGGGGCACUUGUUCCAGGGGUUUGUUGGGUCCAAGGCGAGCCGGCAGCGGUGGGGCGACGCGUAUUUGAGGGUGCCUCAGAUGCACGGCAAUAAGAGAUGCAGGACUACUGUCUGGUACUCGUGAAGGGAUUUGCACGCGUUGGCACCGCCCAUCGGGGUUUGUGGUGGGGUUUUCUUACCGUUUUUUCCCCUUUCCAUUGCAGCGAUCGAUUUGCGAUGUCGGAAGCUUGCUUCCCCCCCGCCCCCCCCUUUUUUUUUUUCCGCUUCCCUUUCGUCUCCGUGAAACUUUUAUUCCACCUUGUGAUUGGAGCAAGAAACGAAGGAGAACGGAGCUGUGAUUCAUAAAGAGAUGUAUGCUUGGCUACUAAAUCAUGAAAGGAUUGUGGGACAAAUAAUGCUUGUUCUCUUGCGGCGUACUCAGCAAUUCUGUCUGCAA